GUGUGAGGGCUCCCUCCAGUGGCUCUGGAGGUCUAUUUUCCAUGUAGUUCGGUGAGACAGCAGCUGAAUGUCUGCAGGCAGAUGCUGUCUGAUUUGAGGUUUUCACACAGGAAGCAGCAGUAGACUUAAAUCAACCUGACUUGUAGGUAUAUGGGUGUCUGGUCUUUACUGCUGAUCCAAAACUCACUUUUCUUGUUUUCAGCUGACUAAUAUAUUUAAUUUGUACACACAAGUUCACAUUUUGUCUUUAAAUAGUUGUUGUUGAGGUUCACAUCUUCCCCAUAACUACUCAACGUACCUGGUACUUUCUGAGUUUGAUGUAAUUUUUAAGUGCGACUUUGAACCCAUGACAUGUCACUCAAAAGUCUUUAAACAAGCUAAAGUAAAAAUAGCUGUGGAGUAUUACAUGCAGCUUUUACAAUGAACCUGCUAACCAAUAGUUUUGCAUCUGGGUACAGAUAAAAAUGGAAAUGCAGAAAACCCUUGAAAUGUGAAGGGGCAGGCACUUGUGCCUUUGUAAACAAUGUCAGGACUUUAUCUGCAGUGGGCUGUGAAGACCAUUUAGUUUUAACCAUUUAGUUGUAACCAUUUAGUUUUUGGUUGUUUUUUUUUUUUUUGUUGUUGCUUUUUUUUUUUAUGAAAAAGCACAAUAAAGGCACGUCGAAAUAAAAGCUGCACUUCAAAAUAUUGUGUAUCCUACUUGAGGAAAAGAAACCUAAAAGUUUAGAUGGCUCACAAAAGUAUGUAGCCUGCAGGAAACACUAAUGUCAGCAUUCCACAGUUGGAAAAGGUGGAGCAUCUGGAAAACUUUGAUGGGAUACAAGGGGGAGGUGAAAGGGAGGAGUCUAAAGUAGCACACUCUGACAGAGACAUUGAAUCAAUGUUAGCUACAUUUAUGAGCGUAAAUGUAGGCAUCUUGAAACACCAGCACUACAAUCAUUAGCUCCACACAGAAAACUAGAAAGAAGUGAGUCGUCACGAGCAGUGAAGAGCAGGAGGGGCAGGGAGGUCUGACCAAAGCACUCGGCCUCUUCCUGCUUCUCAGGAAGUUGAGGCAGAACCAGAGCGGAGGGCUGACACAGACAAGCACAUUCUCCUGUAGCCCUCCAGUUUGUCUUCUAGUCGUGCUGCGAUCAACAGGAGGAAAAAGAAGGGGGAGGGGGUUUGGGAAGAGGCGGGGCCGUGGAUGGAGCGGAGGGACGGAGCCGUCGAUUACUUUGAGUUUGUGGAAAUAGGAUGGAGGCAAGCAUUGUUUCUCAGGACGCAGGCCUCACAGCUCCUCAGACAGGAGCCCUGGAAUCGCCAUCCAUCCUGUCUUCUCCCCUCGCACCCUCUUCAAUGCCCUCACAGCCUCCAGACAGACCCUGCCGACCCAGACCGCCAACUAACACGCCAAAGUCCUCCCAGCUUCCUUCCAGACCUCCCCUGCCUGCAUCCACCCCUGCUAACCUCCCUUCUGCCUCCAUGCAUCCAGUAUCUCUGUCUUCCAACCCUCCUCCCCCAUCUCUGCCCCCCCCUCUUUCUCCCAUCGUAGUGUCCCCGUCUCCUCAGCAGUCCCUUUCAGGUCCGGUGCCUUUUGCGUCUCCUCCACUUACCUUACCACCUCCCUUAUCUCUCACAGAGUCCCCAUCUACUUGCUCCUUACAGUCUCCUCCCCCAGGCCCUGUUCUCCCUCUGUCCCCCCCAGCUCCUCCAGUGCUCAGCUCUAUAGAUAAGCUGGUUGGAAGCAUUUCUAUUUGGCAGCUUGAAGGACUCAGUCAAGAAAAAACAACUGGUAUUUUGGAAAAAGAGCCUGCAGGGAUGUUCCUGGUUCACAGCACAGAAGGACAAGCCACAAUGAUUUCUGUUCGUCUUCCGGAUGAGCAGGGAGCACCGCACGUACACAACCUGACGCUCAAGCAACACAAGAAGUUCAUCCACUUAGAGGGUUCUUCUCUGGUUUUUGAUGACAUUUGUAAACUGAUCCUCUUCUAUUGUUCCAGCAGGGACAUCUUGACAGUCUUGCUAAGAUUACCUCAGGCCGUUUCCAUGACGACUCAGAGAGAGGAGCUGCAAGUCAUCUCAGCUAUGGGUGCUGAUUUCUGGACGUCUGAGUUGAACCAAAACCUGAAGGAUCAGACAAAUGCCCUUCAGCUGAACAUGUAUCUGCAUGUGAGCCCGGUGACUGUGGAGCAGAACCUGCCCCCUGCUGCCAAAAGAGACUCUCCCACCUCCUGUCUGCAGAACGGAGAAGUCUCACAGAGCAUCAGCUCUCACGUUAACGCAGCAGCAAAAUCCAACUCCAUGGUCAAGUUCAAGCGACCCCCACCCCGACCCCCCAGCCUAGACUCAGGGAUGGGCCUUCUCUUCUCUUCUUCCUCUCUGCCGCAGAAGUCCACAUAUGCAACUCAGCAAACUGAGAAAAAGGAGGGAGGAAGAGAGCAAGUAGGCAAGGUGAAGGAGAGGAGGUCAGCCCCACCUCCGUCAAGACCUCCUGUUCCCCUGCAGGGUCGGAGUGCUCCCUGUCUGCCCCCUGCUCCUCUACAAUGUGCCCUCCCCAGAAAACAAACAGACCAGACUGAAGGAGAGAGGAUACCCAAAGAGAACAACCAAAAUCCUCCCAAUGAAAGUAAGAAAGAACUAGGAGAAGAGAGAGACGCAGUAGAGAGAGGCGGGCCUCCGACCGAAAAUACUACACAACAAGAAGGCAGUCAUUGUGAGGAGGAGGUGAACAAGGACGGAGGCAAGCAGGAGCAGGAGGGAAAGAUGGAGGAAAAAGAGGAGAAGAAAGUGAUGGAGGACAAGCAGUUAGUAAAACGGCCGAGUCGCCCUGUCCCUCCCCCGAGAACAAAAGCCAUUUCCAGCAGCUCCGUGCCGUGCUCCAGUCAGGCUGGAUGGGGAGCAGCAAGUUCUGGAAUGAAGGUUCCUCCUCCUCAGCCUGCUCGCCGCACGGACGUGUCGCUGUUCUCACCCCAGGGAGGAGCUGCAGUGGGAGCUGACCCAGACUCCUGUGAUACCAGCAGCACAGAGGAGGAAGGAGAACUCAGCCAGGAGCGGGGGCCCAACUACAAGAACCUCACAGAGAGCCACAGCCCCAAAGCUGUCCUCAGGAGAACCCCCACUACCUUCAUGCUGCACCAAGCCCGUCACCUCUCUGCAGUGGUCAGUGGACUGAUCAGUCACGACCGCCGUCUCACCAAGCGCCUUGUGGAGCUGGCCAGAGACCCCCUGAGCUACUUUGGUAACCUAGUCAAAGAGCACAGAGCUUUCACUUUGGAGACCAUGAUGAAGCACAUGACCUCCACUGAGCUGCUCCAGGAGAUCCGACAGAUGAUGACUCAGUUGAAGAAUUACCUUCUACAAAGCUCAGAGCUGCAGGCCAUGCUGGAGCCCAAUCAGUACACUCAGGACAAGCUAGAGAGUAUUGUAGAAGCUGCUCUGUGCAAAAGUGUGCUGAAGCCGCUGCGUGAGCCCAUCUACAGAACUCUGGAGAAACUUAAUGUGGAUGCCGGCUCCUUAAAGCAGCUCGCUAACAACCAGUCUGCUAUUCUUGGCAGCACCACAACAGCAUUAGGAAUAACCACCUCGGUUCCUGAGGCCCCUGCUAUGGAGAAGAUCAGCAUUAAGCUAAAUUGUCUUCAUCAGGAGUAUUCUCCUCAGAGGAAGAUCCAGUUACUGCUGAAAACCUGCAAAAUCAUCUAUGACUCCAUGUCUGUGAGCCAUCCAGGGCGGGCCCACGGUGCUGAUGACUUCCUGCCCGUCAUGAUGUAUGUCCUUGCUAGGUCCAAUUUGUCUGCCCUACAGAUGGAUGUUGAAUACAUGAUGGAGUUGAUGGACCCGACAUUAACACUUGGAGAAGGGUCCUAUUACCUGACCACCACCUAUGGGGCUCUGGAGCACAUAAAGACGUUUGACCAGCAGAGGUCAGCAACACGGCAGCUCAGCAGAGAGGUCCAAGACUCCAUCCACCGCUGGGAGAGACGGCGCACCCUCAACCAGGAACAAACCGGCCAAGGAUCUGUCCGGGAUUUUCUGACCGUGUAUUGUCCUACCAUUGGAACCAACCCCAAAACUAUGGGUAUCUUCCCCAGCAUGACCAUGCAGCAGCUAGCUGAGCAGUGUGCUACACGCUUUGAACAAGACUCCCAUAUUCUCAGUGUGUACAUGGAUGGAGUUCGGCAGCCCGUUACCCCCACAGACCUAGCUCUCAGUGUCAAACAUGGCUGCCAGCCUGGAGCCUACAGCUUCGUCUUCCAUCCUGUUCAUCAACGCUCCUGCCCAACUGACCCUCCCCCGGAUCCACCCGCAGAAAGCCUUCCCACCGCUGACAUCACAGCAAACACAGAAGAGGAAGAGAGUCUCAUUAACCUAUAACGGCCUAGCAUCAUCUUAGCAGCACAUCAAGGGGGAAUGAUGGUGCUGCCUCACAAAGAAAACCAAAGUUUUAUAUGCUUCCAGCUUAGUUCUCCUUUAAACUGGUGACCAAAAAAUCAUAACCGACAAGAAUUAAGGCCAGCAAAGGGACAGUUUAUCUUUUCUUGUUCUACAUGACAGUGAUCAGAAGGAUUUGGGUAUGUAAUAUGAAGUGUUUGUACAAAGUUUAUACUCCACAGUUAAAAAUGUUCUCAGAGAUUCCCUCCAACAGCAGUAGAGGUACUUGGUUUUCCAGACUGUAUUAACAGAAUAAAUCUAUGUUAUCAGAGUGUUUAACCUGAUCUUCAGAGGCAGUAGUGAAAGCAGGUUGAGCAUUUGAACUGUUGCUAAAACUUAAGACAGUUUUGUUAAAUGUUUGUCUAUUUUGUGCAAAUCACAUUUUCAACACAUUCUUUAUUAGUGUAUUAAAAACAGAUUUGAUCAUC